AUGACCAUCUCAGCAUCCCACCAUCUCCUGGAUCAAGCGAUGCUCAUCAAACAAGGAGCUGAAGCGAAAGUAUACAGUCUCGACUCCCUCUUACCUCAGCCUACGAUCUAUUGGCCGCCAUCAGGCCCCUCUAAGCCAUCUUCGACCGCUCAAAUACAGCAGACUACCGCACCGAAAUGUUCCGUGAUCCUUAAAUAUCGCUUCAAGAAACAAUACCGACACCCCGCUCUGGACUUGUCGUUGACGAGAUCUCGCCUCGCGUUCGAGGCUCGUGCGCUGGCCAGAUGUACCCGUGCUGGAGUUGUCGUCCCUCAUGUGAUGUGGGUGGAUGAUAGGAAUGGGGUGAUUGGGAUGGAAAGGAUAGAUGGGUGGAGUGUGCGUGAAGUUCUAGGCGGCGGAGCAGAGGGUGAGAUGACGGUGGAGGAAGAAGACGAGGAAGAGAUUGGAGAGAUGGAGAUGGAACGGAGCAAGGAUCAGGUCGACUCUAUCAAUGCGGAUGAGACAGAGAGCGAGGGCUGGACGGCUCUCCGUUCUAAGGGAGUCACCAAAGAACACCUCAUGACCUCAAUCGGGAGAGCCAUUGCCAAGCUCCACGGAACUGCCAUCAUUCAUGGUGAUCUGACCACAUCGAAUAUGAUGGUCCGAUUCACACCCAACGGAAGUGAGCCUUAUGAAAUCGUCUUAAUCGACUUUGGACUGUCGUCCACUGCAACAUUGCCCGAACACUACGCUGUAGACCUGUACGUUCUUGAACGAGCUUUCGCGAGCACCCACCCACAAUCCGAGGGGUUAUACGCCGGAGUCCUAGCGGCGUACGCAGAGGGACUCGGCGAGAAAAAGUGGAGGCCAAUUCAGACAAAGUUGAAAGAAGUUCGACUCCGUGGUCGAAAGCGUGACAUGACAGGAUGA